CAGAGUUGUUCUUGAACGCCUCACGGGUUGUAGUUUGGGGGCGAGCAGGAAGGAGUUGUUUUUAGCUUCACCGGUGGAUGAGAACAUGAAGUAGCCCCACACACAUUUUGGCGUUAUAAAGAUGGCGAGAAACAGAGAAUGCAUCCUCUGUGAAACAGUUUACUCCACCAAGCAGGAGAUGGAUGAGCACAUGAGAAGCAUGCUGCACCACCGUGAGCUGGAGAAGCUCAAAGGCCGGGACUGCGGACACGGGUGCAGAGUGUGCAAGUUAACGGUGGUGAGCCUGACCGACUAUGCCAGCCACAUUUCCAGUGCCGCGCACAAGCAGAACGUGGAGGCCGCCGAGAAAAUGCAUCCCGGGAACGACGAAACGUACUUCGACCAGGCUUUGGUGGACCUGAUCGGGAAGAGGAAAGAACAGAUCAGAAAAGAAAAAAAUGCCGCCGCUGCAAAACUGGCAAAAGAAGAAGAAGACCGAAGGAGAAAGGAGGAGUUUCAGCAGCGGCUCAAAGAAACUAAGGAGCGCUACCGACUGGAGCGGGCCUGGAAGCAGCAGUCACAGGGCUUCAGCGGAUCCGGUCACAGAACCUGGUACGGCGGCAACCAAUACAAUGGCUACGCGGGGGCCGCACCAUCCUGGCAGCACGGCACGCAGCGGAAGAGCGCCACCUGGCACGCCCGGGAGCCCCCCAACUUUCAGAGGUGGGCCCCGACAGAGUUUGCUGGUGCGAGCUCGCCUUGCCAAGAAGAUUUUCGCAAAAAGCAGUGCGAUCAGGGUUCAGUUUUUGGGAACCAGCGCAGCCGGCUGCCGUGGCUCAGUAACGGAGGCAGCAGCAACGGUGUCUACGGUCGAAACAACAUUUCCCAGAGCCCACAGAGGAGCCGUCAUCUCAACUUUCUCGGGCCAUUUACCGCGACUGCAGCGCCGCCCAAUUUCUUGGCCCAGGCUGACCAGUUUUUGCCAAAGACCGGCAAUCAGCAGGGAGACGAGUCUCUGAAUGGUCGGGGCCAAACGGAGGAACCGGACCACAGCAACACUAAGAGCUCCAAGACAUUUGGUAGCAAUCCAAAGCUGGAUAAAGCCUGUCGCUGGUCACCCUAUCCGGUCCCAAAGGGCUUUGAAUCCGCACUCCAAAAGGACACAAACCCAAACUCAUCAGAGCAGUACGCCAAAGUCCCCAAGCCCCAGACUCAAGACAAGGCCCUGGAAACCAGCGCCGUUAACAGACAAUCCCGACCCGAACAGAAACUGGAGCAGUUCUCCUCGAGUGGACAAGCGGAAGAGAAAGGAAAAAAGAAAACAAACCCUAAAACCAAAUCCAGGGAUAGCAGCAGCAGCAACAGCAGCGGCAGUAGUGCUCAGAAAGAUGGCAACCAGAACGGCACAUCUGGUCCUUCCAGUCAGAAGGCAAAGCAACCAGCGCCGCGUAAAGAUAAGAAGGCGCCCUCACUUCCUUCGCUCGACAGCGUAGCACAGACGAGCAAGGCCUCGAGCGUCGCCAGCGCACAAUCAAACCCGCCGGCCGAGCCGAGCGGCUCUCGGGCUCCGCUCGCGGGGCCCCUUCAGUCCAGGCCAGAGCGGCAGCUCCCGGAAACGCUGAAGAAAGCCAAAAAGACCGUGUCCGAAAACAGGGCUCGAAACCACAGGACAGAAGUGACGCUGCACAUUGCGGAGGACCAGCAGAGUCCGACAGGAGCGAACAAAUCAAACAGGCAGAAUGCAGCUAAGCCGAGUCUGCCAGACUUGGUCAGGCCCGAGAAGCCCGCAUUGCAGUCUUCAGACAGCAGCCAGUUCCUCCAAUCGCUGCAAGUCAGCACCUCUACCAUGGAGAGUUCGGAGCCUGCAUCGUCCAGCCGGGAUGGUGGAGAGGAGGCGGAGGAGGAAAGGAGGAGGAGGAGGGCGGAGAUGGAAACGGAUGAAGCCUCGCCGGCCGGCGGCGGACCGAGCUCGGAGAGCGACGCCUCCAGGAGCGGAGAAGCUCAGACGGACAGCAGAGAAGCAGCGGAGGAGCCGAGACUCGACCUGCCUCCCGUCCUGAAACGCGACCUGACCAAACACAUCGGCUGCAAGAGCAAAGCCGGGUCCCACGAGCCCAACCUGAACAUCGCCAGGCGGGUGAGGAACCUGAGCGAGUCGCGGAGGAGCGACACGGAGAAGGACUCCGGGCUCAAGCCGACCGUGCGGCAGCUCCUCAGCGCCUCCGGGUCUCGACGCAACGUGAACUGGGACCAGGUGUACCAGGAGGUCAGGAAGAAGCAGGACAAGGGCAAAGGCAUGCCGAGGUUUGGCAUCGAGAUGGUCCCGAUGGACCAGGAGGACCAGAGCCAGGACGGAUGCCACAUUCCCCUGCUUGAGGGUUUCGAGUGGGAGUCGCUGGUGGCCACGCCCACCUCCCGAAAACGCUCCUUAUCGGAGAGCAGCAUCACCCCGGCCUCCAGCCACUCCCUGUUUACAUCCCUCAUGGCCCAGGAGGAGCAGAGAGAAGCCCUCAGCUCAGAGAAGCAGCGAUCCGUUCCUCCCGACACCGCGUUGGCUCCAGGGAACAAAGACACCAGGCGCGAGGUGGAGCGGACGCUCGACCAGUCGGGGGCUGAAGCACAGAAGCAGCCGGACAAGCUGAUGUCUGCGACGGCGAGGGCCCUCCGGGGGUCCGACUCGGUGCUCGGGGACAGCAGCUCUGGGACGGAGCUGUGCGAAGGCCAGGGAACAGGAAAGAGGAGAAGAGCAGCUAAGGAAACCCCAAGUGCGGAAGCAUCUUGCUUGAACCACAGUAACAAAAGAAGGAAAGUCAAAUCCAAAAAAGAGCGUUUACAGAUCGACCAGCUGCUGACGGUGUCUCUGCGGGAGGACGAGCUGAGCCGCUGCCUGCAGACGGUGGACGGCAGCCUGAUCCAGGCGCGGGCCGCCCUGGAGGCCGCCUACAUGGAGGUGCAGCGUCUCAUGGUGGUCAAACAGCAGAUGACCACAGAGAUGAGCACACUGAGAGACAAGCGCAUUGAGUUACUCAAAGGAAUGCAAGGUAACAUGGAGGAAGCCCCUCGGCUCAAAGUGAAAGAAGAAGAGAUGGAGUCACCAGAAGCUGAACCUCCUGCGCCGUCCUCCGUGCCGCUCUCCUCCGUCGCUCACACGCCCGCCGACGCGCCCGCUGACACGGCCGCCGACGCGCCCGCCGACACGCCCGCCGACACGCCCUCCCACACGCCCGCCGUACCCAGUCGGAGGCCUCCCGCCGAGCCCGCCUCCCCUCCCUCCCCUCCCUCCCCUCCCUUCUCCAUCCUCCCCUUCUUGCCUUUAGUCAUCAAGCAGGAGCCUCAGUCUCCUGUCCACGCGGGCUCCGAGCCGGACCCCGUGGACAAUAAGACCCACAGUGCUCACAGCACCACUCCAGAGCUGCUCCGCGGUCGCCCUGCAGCCUCUCCACCAGAUCCCGCCCCCAACUUUCAUCCAUCACUUGAAACAAAGCAGACGUACACAGACCAAAUAUGGGAGAACUUCAAAGACCCUGCAGACUGCAAAGAGAGCUUAUCGGAUCUGGUAAAGGCGACAGAAAAAGUCACCUCCAAAACCCCUUUCAACCUUCCCCCGGCCAGCAGGAGGAGCUCUGAGGCGAGCUCUGUUGUUGACUGUGCAGCCACGCAGGCCUUUGCGCCUCACUCGGCCCUCAACCCGCCCGCCUCUCCGUCCGAACUGAGGGGCGGAAAGCGCGUCAGGAAGCUGAAGAAGAGGAAGGUGCUGAAGAAGGCCCUGGGCGCGGAGCAGCCCGAGAGCAGCGACACGGAGGUGGACGGCGACGCCUCGAGGCCGAGGUGGCUCCGGCCGCGCAGGAGGCCGAGCGGGAGCUCCGUGGUCAGCACCUCCAGCCCGCCUUCAGAAGGCCGAGAGGGCGACGCGGCGCCGGGGCUGCCUGAGGAGGCCUGCAGGCAGCUCUUUAUGUCCGUCAAACUCAAGAGAGUCGACAGGUUCGACUCCCGUCCCCGGGGGGCCGCCGCUCAACUCGCGCCGUACCUGGAUUCAGAAGAAAGCAUGCAGGUCACCGCCGCCUGCGAGCAGCCCGCCGCGGACGCCCUGGUUCCAACCCCCGCCCCGGUUCAAGUCCCAGACUCCUCCACGCCGGAGCCGCGGAGCCUGGCCUGCAACGAGGUCACCUCCACCAGUGACAUGGAGGUGUGCCGCUCCUCCGAGAGCGACCUGCCCAAGAUGUCAAAGAUCUCGUCGGACGCGUCCUCUGACCACGGCGUGGACGAUAUGCUCACUGAGGGCGUGUUCGAGGGCCACCAGGAGGCGGUGAACGCCAUGCAGGUCCACAACGGGCUGCUGUACACGUGCUCCGGAGACCGCACCAUCAAAGCCUUCGACCUGGUGAGUCACAAAUGCGUCGGCGUGUUCGAGGGCCACAGCUCCAAGGUGAGCUGCCUGCUGGUGUCCGCGGCCGUCAGCCUGCAUCACCGCCUCUACUCCGGUUCCAGCGACCAGACCAUCCGCUGCUACAAUCUCAAGACACAAGAACUGGAGCAGCAGUUCACUCUGUCGGACCGAGUCCUCUGCCUCCACAGCCGAUGGAAGAUCUUGUACGCUGGACUGGCCAACGGCAUGGUGGUGACCUUUAACCUCAAGACCAACAAGGAGGCGGAAGUGUUCGAUUGCCACGGCCCGCGAGCCGUGAGCUGUCUGGCCUCGUCGCAGGAGGGGGCGCGCAAGAUCCUGCUGGUCGGCUCCUACGACAGCACCAUCAGCGUGAGGGACGCCAAGAGCGGCCUGCUGCUGCGCACGCUGCAGGGCCACACCAAGACGGUGCUGUGCAUGAAGGUGGCCAACGACCUGGUGUUCAGCGGCUCCAGUGACCAAUGUGUGUACGCACACAACAUCCACACCGGAGAGCUGGUGCGCGUCUACAAGGGCCACAGUCACGCCGUCACGGUGGUGUCCAUCCUGGGGAAGGUGAUGGUCACGGCUUGUCUGGACAAACUGGUCCGCGUGUUCGACCUCCAGUCUCACAGCCAGCUGCAGGUCUACGGUGGACACAAGGACAUGGUGAUGUGUAUGGCUGUUCACAAGAACAUGAUCUACAGCGGUUGCUAUGACGGCAGCGUGCAGGCAGUCAAGCUGAACCUGAUGCAGAACUACCGCUGCCGGUGGCUCGGCUGCUCGCUGGUGUUCGGGAUGAUGGAGCACCUGCAGCACCACGUGGUCGGCCAGCACGCCGGCGCAAACUCCCAGCUGCUCAAAUGCCGCUGGAAAAACUGUGAGGAGUUUUUCUGUCCGCGCAACCGCUCUAAGCAGGAGAUGCUGGUGCACAUGCAGAAACAUGCCGAGGAGGAGACGCAACUGGAGCCUUGAAGUGCCCCUGCUUUGUUUAACCUCCCAUAUUGGGGGGGCGGAUGUCUUUGGGACCCACUGGACGUCGCUCCCGUCGAAGCAGACGAGUGGCGUUGGACGACUCCAUCCUUUAUGUUCGGUGUUGGAAUCCAACCAAUAACACUAUGGCGAGAGGAGGGUUGGCGGUGCCGUUAGUUUUUUUUACGGUGUACAAAAACACGCCUCUCUCUGACCACUGCAGUUUCUUUUUGCACCGACCAAAGUAAGAAAAGAAACUUGACUUGACUUUUAUUUAUUGAAGAAACUUCAGCGUUGCCGGUAUCCGAGGGAACUGUCGUGCUUUCCUGCAGAAACCCGGUGGCGUUUCUCCGGCUCGGUUGGCUACGAUAUGGCAUGGGCUCAGAUGUUUGUAUUGUUGUAGUGCAGUUGUGAUGUGGAGCAGCCUGUUAUUGUUCUUUUAAGUUGACGUCGCGCGCUCACAUUAACCUUGUUAACGGCAGAUCAGUUACACUUCAGUCCGAUCAUUUGUGUUGGAGUUCUAUUGAAGUGACACAAAAACAUUUUUCAGAAAACAGCUUUUAUUUUUUUUUAGCAGUUCAAUUUUAACAUUUCUAUUUUUGACGUUGCUCAGUGAUAUUAAGGCAUCGAGGGUUGAACAUUUGCAGUGGAAUCGGAGCAUAGACGUGGGGGUGCUAAGGUGUGUGUGUCCCCUUUAUUCUGUGUGGGUUUGUCCUUAGUGUGACGGACUGUUUGCUUCUUAGAGUUAAUUUAUUUUAGAAUCGGAGCGUUGGAGAUGGUUUUCUCAUGAAGUGUGGAGGCGAAGGAUGUCUGGAGGUGGUGUAGAUGGAGGAGCUUGAAGGGAAGGAUUAGGAUUCAUCUCCCAUGCCAUACUUCACCCCCUAAAAACAGACAAGUCGGCAACACAGGGUCACAUCUGGAUGGGUUCGUUUCCAGCUGUGUUGACCCGACGUUUCUCACAUCUUCCAAACUCACUUUCGUUUCUCCCGGGCAGUCCGUCUCUUACCUGGCAGCCCUGAGUUUCUUCAAGUUGUUGUGAAGAGAUAUUUUUUAAGCAAGUGCAAUCUUAGACAUGUUAAUAACAAAAAUAAAAUGGUGCAACAUCAUAAAA